AUGGACUCCAGUUCGGUUCCUUUGAAGAUGUACUGGGCAUGGGGCACAGGGAGGGGCAUCACCAGCAUGCUGGUCCCUGGGGCUGCCGAGCCCAACUUUGACGAUGUGGAGAAUAACCCAUACAGCAGCUGGAAGCAGCACCAGGAGUGGGAGGUCAAGGCUCUGCUGGAGAGGGUACCUGCAGAGCUCAUUUGUCUGGACCCCAGAGCCUUGGCAGGGGUGGAUGCGGUCACUUUGGAGCAGCGAAAGGAGGAGUGGAUAGAGAGACUGGGCUACGACCAUGAUGCCAAGGCUGCCUCCCAACCCAAGUCAAAGCAGAAGGGCCGAAGAUCCACAGCAAGCCUGGUGAAGAGGAAGAAGAAGGUCAUGGAACAGGAGCACAGGGACAAAGUCCCGCUGAGCCUUGAGCAGCAGCAGCAGGCUCAGACCAGGAGAAAAAUGAACCAGUCUCGCGUCUCUGAGUUCCUCUUGCUGGGACUCUCCAGGCAGCCCCAAGAACAGCUUCUCUUCCUGCUCUUCCUCAUCAUGUACCUGGCCACCGUCCUGGGAAACCUGCUCAUCAUCCUGGCCAUCAGCACUGACUCCCGCCUGCACACCCCCAUGUACUUCUUCCUCUGCAACCUGUCCUUUGUGGAUGUCUGCUUCUCCUCCACCACUGUCCCCAAGGUGCUGGUCAACCACUUACCCGGGAGUCUCUCCUUUUCUGAGUGUCUCACACAGAUGUAUUUUGUCUAUGUGUUUGCCGACAUGGACAAUUUCCUCCUGGCUGUGAUGGCCUACGACCGCUGUGUGGCCAUAUGCCACCCCUUACACUAUAUCACAAAGAUGACUCACCAGCUCUGUGCCCAGCUGGUGACUGGAUCCUGGGUCAUUGCCAACCUGAAUAUGUUAUUACACACUCUGCUGAUGGCUCGACUCUCCUUCUGUGCAGACAAUAUCAUCCCCCAUUUCUUCUGUGAUGUAUCCCCUCUUCUGAAACUUUCCUGCUCGGACACACACCUCAAUGAGAUGAUGAUUCUCACAGAGGCGUCCCUGAUCACGUUCGUCCCAUUUGUCUGCAUCCUGACCUCCUACAUCCAGAUCACCUGUGCUGUUCUGAGAGUCCCAUCCCCAAGGGGAAGAUGGAAAGCCUUCUCCACCUGUGGCUCCCACCUGGCUGUGGUCUGCCUCUUCUAUGGCACCAUCAUCGCUGUGUAUUUCAAUCCUUCUUCUUCACACUCUGCUGAGAAGGACAUGGCAGCUGCUGUGAUGUACACAGUGGUGACCCCUAUGCUGAACCCUUUCGUCUACAGCCUGAGGAACAGGGACUUAAAGAGGGCUCUACGGAAAGGAUUUUCACAGAAGCACAUUUUCUGUCUGAUAGAAUCUAGACUGAUUCUUUUUCUCAGGAAAUGA